CGUUCUUAAUAUCACACUCGCUCAAACCCUAAAGUUCUCUCCGAGUUUCAGAACUUAAAGCGUUUUUGAAAGUACUAAGGAAGGGAAAAGAAAAAUGUCGAAAGAAGUAAGCGAAGAGCGUCAGGCCCACCACCAUGGCAAAGACUACGUUGACCCACCACCAGCUCCACUCUUUGAUCUUGGUGAGGUCAAGCUCUGGUCCUUCUACAGAGCUCUAAUCGCCGAGUUCAUCGCCACCCUUCUCUUCCUCUACAUCACCGUCGCGACCGUCAUCGGUUACAAGCAGCAAAGUGAGAAAGACGUAUGUGGUGGUGUUGGCAUUUUGGGUAUCGCAUGGGCCUUCGGUGGCAUGAUCUUCGUCCUCGUUUACUGCACUGCCGGAAUCUCUGGUGGUCACAUCAACCCUGCCGUAACUUUCGGUUUGUUCUUGGCCAGGAAGGUUUCAUUGAUCCGAGCUGUGACUUACAUGAUCGCUCAGUGCUUGGGAGCCGUCUGUGGUGUUGGGCUUGUAAAAGCCUUCAUGAAGCAUGACUACAACAAAUUCCAGGGUGGAACCAACACCGUCGCCCCCGGUUAUAACACCGGUACCGCCCUUGGUGCUGAGAUCAUCGGUACCUUCGUUCUUGUGUACACCGUUUUCUCUGCCACUGACCCCAAGAGAAGCGCACGUGACUCCCACAUCCCCGUCUUGGCUCCUCUCCCUAUUGGGUUCGCCGUUUUCAUGGUUCACUUGGCCACCAUCCCCAUCACCGGUACUGGUAUCAACCCAGCUCGGAGCUUCGGUGCCGCAGUUAUCUUCAACGGUGAAAAGGCAUGGGAUGACCACUGGAUCUUCUGGGUCGGACCAUUCAUCGGAGCCUUGGCCGCAGCGGCGUACCACCAGUACAUACUGAGGGCAGCUGCCAUUAAAGCUUUGGGAUCUUUCCGUAGCAACGCUACCAACUAGAAAAUAAAAAAUUCAUAAUUUAUUUUGUUUGGUUGUGUGUAUGAGAGGGGUUGAUCUUUGUUGAAUUUUUAUUAUUUUUUCGACUCCUUUUUUUUUUUGGUAUCAUCUUUUAUAUUUAAAAAUCUUUUAAUCUUUCUUCGUUAGCUUGUGAACCUGUGUAUUAUUUGUUCAUGAGUAGUGGUAAUCAGAAGUGUUCUUUUUAUUCU